ACUCGGGAAGGUGGGUGUCUGUGCAAAUGAUGUAACACUGCAUACAUGGAAGGCAGACAGACAUGAGCAGGAGGAUGGGGAUGGAUGGUACUGAAGGCCUUCUGGGAAAUGGAGUUUAUUGAAGUGGCAGCAGCAUGCUGGCGCAGAAAGCAGGGAAUCAACUGGCAUUGAAUGGUAAGCUGUUAUAAGACAUAAUCAAACAUAAAAUACAUUUAUAGGGUGUUCUUUCUCCACUGGUAGUCCGGUAGACAAAAUUGUAACAUUUGUUACAUUUUCAGCUUUGAAACCCUUUGAAAAAUAUGCUCCCCCUCCUCACACGUGGUGGCGCUGCAACAGGCACCACUGAAGGAAACGACAGGAAAACCUCUGAAGAAGACAUGAGUGCAACUUCCUUUCUUCACAAAAUGCAAACAAAUGGAGUGGCGUCCGAUUUUAGCAGUAGCAGGAUUUCUCUUUUCUCUUUGCUGAACGACCACGAGCCAUUUCUCCUGCUUGCACUAGACUUGCUGUAUUUACCCAGAAUACCCUGCACUCAAGUCGAGCGUUUUGGCGUCCACAUAUGCAUUAGAACCACACCAGAGUUCUCUUCCACCAAAGAGGGUGCGGUUGUGAGGCCUUGUGGAGUUACGGGGAUUCGAGGAGGUGGAGGUCUCAUGCCGACCCUGAUGAGAUGCCGCCCUGGACCGAUGCCCAUGUCACCCAUAUCAGAAACCGCCACUGUGCCUGUGCUUCAACAGGCCUGGGUCAAAUAAUCAGAUCAUGAGCAGGAUGUGACUGCAUACCAAGGAAGUAAUUGAGUGAUUUUGAUUCAGGCUUGUUGAACCAGGCGCUCAUCUAAACGUUACAGGACAUGGAACCUCAGAAACUGGAAUUGAGGACCCCUGAUCUAAGGUAUGGUCAGGGGUCCUGAUCAUUCCAUCACUUCAUUGUGACAUGAAGGAAAGUGGUUUUAAAAAUGUUUGCUAGUUGAAAUCUGACUUGUGGAAUUUGUAUUUUAUGAAUCUGAUGGACCUAAAUAGAUCUCAGUGCAACUGACUGGCUUCAGAGCAAAAACAAAACUGUUUAUUUGAUGAAAAAGACUUGAGCAGGAGCAGAACUUCAAUUUUCAGCAGAACAAUUAGAACAAAUUGGAUUAAUUUACUGUCAUAUGUUAGUUUGCACACACUCUCGAUUCGGUUAACUCUUCAGACUUGCCAAAAAGUAUUUUCAGCUAUCAUUGAGGCGAUGUCACAUUUUGUUGGUCUGUGACAUAAAAUUACAAUACAAAACAUUGACAAAAAGUAUAAAAAUAAAAAGGACUCAGGGUUAGAGAUACUGAUUUGUAAACCUCUAUAAAAGAUUUCAGCUUCAACAACUACUCACUAGAAUAUUUAAUAUGUCUCAUUUUAUUUAAAAUGUUGAUUUUAAGCCUCUUUUACAACUCUGGGUCAUCAAGAUUUGACAUAGUUUGAUUUUGAUUUAUAGGUUAAGCUAGAAAAUUUUAUCAACUUAAAAUCACCUCAUGGAUUUUUCUAUUGUAAUUGUUUACAUGUCAAAAGUUUUGUUUGUAUUGUGUAUAUUUUGAUCUAGAGAUAUUUUGAUUUCAGAUUCUUAAUCUUUCUCACAAUGCUGUCUCUCCCGACCUGCAACUUUAGCUGUUACAGCUCCACCUUCUGGUCAGGAUUAGUAAAGACUGUUCCAGUAAUAAUUUAGCUCCACUUUCUUUACUUUCGUUUCUGGGGAAAUUCAUGUGUUACAGUGUGCAAACGUUUAACUUGAUAAAACAAAAUACAGAGGAAUUAUGCAACAGAUUAGGAUAAGCAUGUUCUGAACUGCCUCAUUCAAGUAUUGGGUGUCUCAUAUUUGAUGUGACUGUGUGUUAAUAUUUGUGUUCCCAAUAAACCCUCUGGAUUAAUCAGAAAAAUAUUUAUUACGCUUAAAUUACAUUGUCUCUCAUUUAAAGUCUGGAAGAAAAAAAUACAAGAACACACACAAAAAACUUUCCAUCCAUGCAUCCAUCUAUUCAUCCAUUUUCUUGUGCUUUUCCGGGGUUGGAUAGAAGCCUAAGUAGGGAGGCCCAGACUUCCCUCUUCUCUCUGCCAGAUGAAAAAUACAAAGAAAAUAUGAUAGCCAAUUAAAUUAGAUUAAAUGUGGAAGAAACAUUUCCCAAUUUUUCUCAUUGUCCAUUUGCCAGGCCAACGUUAUCAGUGGACUCCAUCUGGCAAUGUCUUACAAAAGUUUCUGGAGUUUGUGGAUGCGCUGCUGCUGCUCAGAGCGAGACCACAGAAAAACGUAGCAGAGCACAAAGCCCCAAAUUUUGCAGCGCUCUGAGAAGCCACAAGGUAGUUUAUUUUUACACUGCAACUGAAAUGUGUGGUUUGCAGACUGGGUAGCAUGAUUUGUGUGAAAUAAACAGCAAGCUUCAUACGUUGCACAUUUUUUUUGGUGCAUCCUGUUCAAUUACUUAAACUCCUGUUAAUUUGGGGUGGGUUUUAUUUUUCGAUGACAAAAUGUCAGCAAUUGUUACCGGCUUUUUUGUGGGAAACAUUUUUGCUUGAACGCUGACAUUGGCUUGUGGUAAAAGGGUCACGUUUAGAAAAUCUUGUUCUAGUGGGAUUUUCUUGAUAGUUACAGAACAAGUCUAUUUGAGGUCAUUGUGGGGAAAAAAGUGCCAAGUUGAGCUGCACCCCAUUCAGUGUUCAGUUGUUUAUUGUUUAAAAUGUUCACAUACAGUAUUAAUGUUUUCUUACAUAUUCUUAUCCCUAGAAAAGAAAUGUAUUUAUUUGCACUUAAAAAACAAAAAUGUAAAUUUUUAAGAAAGUUCCAACUCAGGACAAAACUAGGCCUAACAAUUAGGAUCAAUCCCUUUAGCUCUUGCUAUUAAGAGUAGAGUUAAAACUAUUUUAGUGAGUAACUACUACCGGUCUGAGUAAAGUUUGCUCCACUUUUCUCUUUAGGAUGUAACAUUAUUAAGUUUUUUCAUGUUCAGUCAAUUUCAAAUCACAGCAUCUCAAUAAGAUCCAGAUCUGGGCUUUGACCUGACUCAGGAUUUUCCAUUUUUGAAUUCUCAGAUAGUCUUUAUUGGUAUGUUUUGGGUCACCGACCACAUUGAAAGGUCCGGUUCUACUUCAGUUUUAUUUUGUUUACAUGUUUUAUAUUUUCCCCUUAUAUACUGUAAGUGCACCAUGAAUUUUAUACGGUAUAAUCUAAAGUGGAUGUGACCAUGACACAUCCACUUUCAUGCUUCACAGUUGUUAAGAGACUCUUUUCUAGGACUGCUAUAAAAUGUCCUCUGUUCUGGUGUCCAAAUAAUUCAGAUUCAUCUGUCUAAUGAACAUCAUUCCUGGAAUCCUGAUCUUUGACUACGUUCUUUCUGGCAAUAUAAGGGGUUUUUUUGUUCUCUCAGAGUGAAUGUUUCCUGUUGUUUUUUUAAAAUUGUUUAUUAAGAAACACAUUCUUAAGAGUACAGUUCUGCAUGCUGUGGUGGCGUAGGGUCUAGCGUGACCCACGUUUGGAGGCCUUGAGUCCUUGACGCAGCCGUUGCGGGUUGAAACAUGACAAAAAUGUUGUAAAGUUCAAGGCGCCAUACGUGUCGGACAUGUCCAACCCAGAUCUUUCAAAAUCAGUUUUCCUUUUUACAUUUCAGUCCAUCCCAAUUAUCACAGUAGCUGUCAAAACUUGUGUUUCUUUUAGGAGCAGCUUGCCACCUACCCUGCCGACUAAAGGUCAAGAGAGGAAGUGUUUAUUUUCCAUGGCCUGUGAACUGGGUCAAGCCACGUAAGCAGGAAGUGGAGGAGUUUAAAAAAUGGCUCUAAUCAAGGCAAAAAUAUUCACACUGUGAGCUUUACUGCAGACAAACGGUUCAGAUUGAAUAAUUGUGCUUGACUCUUCUUGGAAUUGUCUUACGGUGCACAGUCUUUGCUGAACUAAUGAAUCCAUCCACUUGCUUCAAAGAGGAUUACAGCUCCUUCUGCUUAGCUUAGUUACCUCAAAUUAGGAUGAAGCUAAAGAGAGGUCUGCUGUCUACAGCAGCCAUCUGUCUGCCAGGUGGACAGUCGGGAGCUGCCGGCGCUGAUGGAGACCAGACUAGAGCUGGAUGUGUUGAUAUACCCUGACGAGGUGAGGGUCGCCACCCCGGAGGACCUCAGGCAGUGGGACCUGGAGACCGCCAGCCAGGUCUCCAUCCCCACAGUUCGACUCUUUGUGGCUCUUUACCCGUACAACCCGGCUGCCAUGUCUCCCAACCCUGACACAGCGGCGGAGGAGUUGCCCUUUGUGCCUGGCCAGAUCAUCAAGGUGUUUGGAGACAAAGACUCCGAUGGUUUCUACCAUGGAGAGUCUGGUGGUCUCUCCGGCUACGUGCCAAGCAACAUGGUGGCUGAAGUCCCAGUGGACGACGAGUACCUGAAGCACGUUCUCAUGCAGCAGGGUUUCCUGCCCGUGGACCACACAGGUAUGUCUUUAACACCAGAGCUAAGUGAUGUUGCCAGCAUUCGUGAAGAUGUGAUCGUUAGAAGAAUGGUGGCGUUAUUCGACUACGAUCCAUGGGAAAACUCCCCCAACAUGGACAGUGAAGUCGAACUGGGCUUUCGAUCUGGAGACAUCAUCUAUGUGUUGGGUGACAUGGAUCAAGACGGUUUUUACUUUGGAGAUCUUCACGGAAGACGAGGUUUGGUUCCCUCAAACUUCCUGCAACCCUUACCCUGGAGUUAGACACCUUUCUUACACCUCUGCUACUAAUACCAAGUCACAUACACAAUCAAAUCAGCAGCUUUUACUGAGAAAAUGUAAAUAUGUCAAAUAUUUGUGUAUAUUUUUAUUUUAUAUAGUAGUGUUGUAUUACUUUUGCUGUAGAAGGCCUUCAAAGUAUGACAAGUAGCCCACCACAACAAUCAGGAUGAUGAACAAUGAAGAGAAACAGGUUAUAGGAUAAGAUUCUUUAUUGAUCAUUUUAAAUAAAAACUCCAACUCACCUUAUAGGGGAAAAAAAGAGACAAUUUUUAAAACCAUGAUUUAGUCAAGAAUAUAUAUAUUUUUUGUAAUCCAGCAAAAUUAUUUCCAGAGAAUUUAACUUGAAGGAUGUCUGGUGACUUCUAGCCUUAAAAAAAAUACACUUUUAGUCACAGAAUUGUGCAGACCAGAGUGUCUGAAUCUAGUUUGCCUUAUAUUGUGUUCAUCUGCUUUCUAAAACAUGCUUAAUCUCUGAUGCAAGAGGUAAUAAAUAACACAUUAAAACAUUCAUGUAAAAACAAAAAAGCUCAGAAAACCAAGUUAAAGCAACAACUGCAACAUCAUGCUUCCAUCUACAGAUCAGACUUAAUCAUUUUCUCAACAAAUGUUAUCAAUAUUAACAUCAAUCUGUUGGUUAAUAGAACAUUGUACAAAGUGUAAAAAAGUUCAAAUCAAGUGCAUGAACUUCGACGUCAUCUGGCUUGAUUCUUCUUUAACUCUCCUCUGCAGCUAACAGUAUACUCAUCCAUAAAGUAGGAAACACUACACUGUGUAGUGAAGUUUAGUAGUGCUUUCUACUUUAUGGGUGACAACACUGUAUGUCAGUAGCUUCUGGGCGCUCCCGCUCAAACUCCGAAGAAUGACGGCGAAGGUGAAGGUGAAAGCUGGUUUCCACAAACUUCCAACUCAACAUCAUUCAACAAAAAAACAGAACAAAACUACCGAAGCAUAGUGUAAAAUCAAAUUGAUAAUGAAGCAUUUUAAUGUAAAAAGAGACAAAACGGUAAAAACAAUCAACAAGUUUCCCAAUGAUUAGAUAAACCCACUAAUCAAGAUCUUACCAGCGUAUCGACUUCUGAAGAAGAGAGGAAACCCAGAAGUGAGCGCGAUCUUUUUAUUAACCCUGUCUGAGCCACGUGGUCAACACAGGAAAAGCUCACACGCGCACCCGCACGCACACACACGCACGCGCACACACACUUGUGGUUAGCGUGCUGAAGUGUCUGAACACAUCCUUAAAGCUGAAAUAAAAGUUAAUUGCCAUAAAAUA